AUGCACGCCACUCAGCUCCUGUCACUGGCCGUCGCCGCCGCGGUGGCCUUGGCCCAAACUAAUACCAACGGCAGCUCCACAUCGCUAACCGCCGCGUUGGCAUCCCAGCCGGAUCUGUCUAACAUGAUUGCCCUGCUCAGUACACAGCCGACCUUUAUGGCCCAGCUGUCGCUCGCCCAGAACGUCACCUUCUUGGCACCCAGCAACAAUGCCCUCAACGAUUUCUUGAACGGACCCAACGCCACGCCGCUGAACAGGACUACCCCUCUCGGUGUCGCCGCCCUCCUCAGCUACCACGUCCUCAACGGCACCUUCUACGACUCGGAGAUCAACGACGACACCAGAGUUGUCAACACUGCCCUGAAUCUGGCACCGUACUCCAACAUCACCGGCGGCCAGCGUAUCAGCUUUAGGCGCCAGGAUGGCAACGCCACCUUCUUCUCUGGUCUGAUGGAGAUGUCGAGUGUGACUACUCCCAACAUCAACUACACCGGUGGUGUCAUCCACGUCAUCAACCGGGUCCUGACGCUUCCUGUAAACGACACUCGCACCCUGACCGACCUGAACUUGACCGCCGCUGCUGGCGCCAUCCGCCGAGCCGACUUGUCCACUCGCCUCGAUCGCCUGCGCGACGUGACCAUGUUCAUCCCUAACAACGAGGCCUUCGACCGCGUCGGCAGCUCCUUUGAGGACUCCAAGAUGUCGGCCGACCAGCUGUCUCAGGUUCUGCAGUACCACAUCGUCCAGGGCUCACGGCCCUUUUACACCAGCGCCCUGGCAAACUCGAGCCUGACCACCCUCAACGGCGCCAGGCUUACUUUCACCAACACGAGCAACGGAGUGUUUGUGAACUCGGCCAAGAUCGUCUCGUCCAACGUCUUGACCAACAACGGCGUCAUCCACGUCAUUGACAACGUCCUCAACCCCAACAACGUCGACGCCCGUCCCGACCCCUCGGCCACGAGCGGCUCGCCCAUGUUCAGCGGAGCCUCGCCUGCCACCGGUGUCCCCUUCACUUCGGGCGUUUCUCCGGCCCCCGGCGCAACCCCCACUGGUGCAGACGGCAGUAAUGGUGGCAACGGUGGGAACGGCGGCGGCAACGGCAACGGCCAGGGUUCGGAGCCUGCCCGCGGUGCUGCCGCCCCUAUGCAGACUGGCAUUAUCGGCGCUGCUGCUCUGUUUGGCGGUGCUGCCAUCCUUGCCAACCUUUAA